AUAAGAGAGGUUUCCACAAUAUUAGGAUCGCCGACCGUUACAUCCAAACACCCCUCCCUAUUCCCGCUCUGUCUGAGCAUAUAAAUAUGUCGGACCCCCCAAUUUCCAAAACCGGUGAAUGAAGUGCGCGCGCCACAGAGAGAGAGAGAGAGAGAGAUCCGACGAUCAUAUCACUGGUGAAGUCUCUGCGCAAGGGCGGUUUUCCGAUUCCGUUGGGGAACCGCUCUUCGGGUUCGCUGCCAUUUCAUCUUCUUCCUCACUCCGACAAUCAAUAAGGCGUGGUUUGAUCUCGUUUUGUCGUUGAAGUUGGAGCCUCGGAGGUGGAAGUCUUGUCCCCCACAUGUCUUUAUGAUUGGCCGCACAUUGUAUGCAUUUUGGGGGAUCCGAAAUUUGGUAUGCUGAGUUGGGCUGCAUUGCGCAAUUCUUGGCCGAUUCUCCGUUUCGUGCUGUUGGGCCUGCUGGUGUAGAAGAACGCAAGUAGAAGCGAUGGCUCGGAUCAGCCAGUUGUCAUCUCUUCGUCCCCGCGACUGGGUUAAGGGAAAGGCUAUCGGGUCGGGGUCUUUUGGCACUGUCCACUUGGCCAUGACCAAGGCCACGGGGGGGCUUUUUGUGGUGAAAGCUGCACAGACCGAGGAAGCACUUGUCUCCCUGAAGAAUGAGGCUGACAUUCUCGAGAGCCUGAAUUCGCGACAUGUUGUUCGGUGUCUGGGGAGAGAUGUGGUAAGGGACAGUAAUAGCAAGGAGAGAACUGUGAUUUUCAUGGAGUAUGUGGCUGGGGGUAGCCUCUGGGAAGUUGUGGAGAAGUUUGGGGGGUCUCUGGACGAAGAGGUUGUCCGGGUGUACACUAGGGAGAUUCUCCAUGGGCUUGAUUAUCUCCACAGGAAUGGGAUCGUGCACUGUGAUCUCAAGUGCAAAAAUGUGCUGUUGGACUCUGAUGGAAAUGUUAAAUUGUGUGAUUUGGGAUGUGCGAAAAGGUUGGAGGGGCCAAUAAUCAGCCACGUUUUGACUCAUUCUUCGAGAUCCGUUGGCGGGACUCCUUUGUGGAUGGCUCCGGAAGUAUUGAGAAAUGAAGGGCUGGAGGCUAAGUCAGAUAUAUGGUCAUUGGGAUGCACAUUGAUUGAGAUGGCCACUGGCAGACCACCAUGGGCCAGUGAUAUUUCGACUCCAGAGGCUGCCCUGAUGAAGAUUGCAAACAGCAAUGAGAUGCCACAGUUUCCAAAACAAUUCUCUGAAGAGGGUCUCGAUUUCUUAAGGAAAUGCUUCCAACGGGACCCCAAAAGGAGGUGGACAGCUACGGAACUGCUUGAUCAUCCGUUUAUUUCCCUAAACUCGAUGAGGAAGGAAGUUGCAGAUUCACCAGCAAGUGUCCUGAUGUUUGGUUUCCAUGAUGAGGACUCCAACUCUGAUUCGGAUGAAGUGGGAUUCAGCUAUGCUAAUGAGCUCUUCAAAAAGAAUCAAUUCUAUGGAAAGUGCCACUUGGAAGAACGGACGGUGAAUAAUCAGCCCGAAAAUAGUGAGUUCCGAUCAUCGGGGAAUUGGAUCACGGUUAGAUGAGACUGAAAAGGUGUACAUAUAGGCAGAGAGAGCUUCCAUUGUGCGGUUUACAGCAUAGAGGAACAGAGAAUUAGGUUGUCGAUUUGAACUUAAUUGUUAUAUGUAUGAAAUGUCAAUAUUUUAUGUUAUCAAAUUACUCUUUGCUGAAUAAUCAUACUUUUCUGCUA